UUCAAUGUUCUGACCGAGUCUUUCCAGUCAGAUUCAGAUCGGUGGUAAUUUAACACGUAAGGCGAUGACAUUCUGCAAGCAUUUCGCACAUGAAAACGGCAUCAUAUGAAAAUAAAUCAAUGCCACCUCUGCUGUCACGCUCACUCUUGACAACGUCGUUAGUACCAGAUGACUUCAUACACCUAGAUGUCGUACUGUAAUCUCAGUCAGAGAGGGACAGAAAUAUCAAGCAACAGAUAAUCCGAAGGACCAACAGUGCGAUUAAAGGUUACGAUAGAAAAUCCCACUGGAGCUCGUUCAUUAAGGUUAUCUGUGUCAUGCAGCAGAAAGUGUGCACACGCAACACAGCACUGUUUGUGAAGAACGGUCAGGCGUGUGGAGCCGGAGCCCCUCCUCAACUUCCUUUCCGCUGCCCGCGAUGUGGAGAGCACGAACGAUUCCACAGUCUUUCUUCUCUCAGAGCUCACCUAGAAUACAGCCACCCGUUCCACACUAAACAUGACAUCAGCCUCCUAUCCACCAGGGAUCUUUCUGACACAGAGUGCGUGGACGGCUGCAAAAUCUCCAAAUCCAACAUGCAUAAAGUACGUGAUGCCGGCACAAAUACUACCUCAACUGCGAGAGGAGAGCACAAGCACAUAUUCGGCACGGACCAAACUCCAGGGCAAAAGCUCACGCCCCCAGUGAGGAGCUUCAGCGUUGGGGAUGCAUCGGCUGGAGCUGGACCCCUCUCGGCUCCUGUGGCGUCAGUGGAGAAGAGGCUGGAGGGGAUGAUGAGGACAGCCAAUAGCAACAUGGAGCGACGUCUGCUGCGGCUGAGCUCAGAGCUGGCACAGACAGACACGGCUAUCCUGUGUGAGCGCGCUCACUCGCAUCACCUGGCCCAGGAGAAACAGGAAGUGCUGGAGCGAGAGCGGGCGCUCAGCAGACAGGUAGACACCGCCGUUAUGGUGAUCGCCACACUGAGGCAGCAGCUCAGCGUCUCAGAGCACGAGUUGGAGAGGAGAGAACAGUGA